UGGACAGGAAGGAGAAGAAGGCUGCAGCGAUGCCUGACUCCCCCGCUGAGGUGAAGACGCAGCCCCGGUCCACACCCCCCAGCAUGCCACCUCCUCCGCCCUCUGCGUCCCAGGGCACCACAAGGCACUCCUCCUUCACGCCCCACACAAAUCGAGAGGACGGGCCUGCGAUGUCUCUGCCCCAUGGCCGUUUUCAUGGCUGCUUAAAAUGGUCUAUGGUCUGUCUUUUAAUGAACGGCAGCAGCCACUCGCCGACGGCCAUCAACGGCACCCCAUCCACGCCCAAUGGCUUCAGCAAUGGCCCAGCCACCUCGUCCACAGCCUCGCUGUCCACGCAACACCUGCCCCCAGCCUGCGGGGCGCGGCAGCUCAGCAAACUCAAGCGCUUCCUCACCACCCUGCAGCAGUUCGGCAGCGACAUUUCCCCAGAGAUCGGGGAGCGCGUCCGCACGCUGGUGCUGGGGCUUGUGAACUCUACACUGACCAUUGAGGAGUUUCAUUCCAAGCUCCAGGAGGCCACCAACUUUCCACUGCGCCCAUUUGUCAUCCCUUUCCUGAAGGCAAACCUUCCCUUGCUGCAGCGGGAACUCCUGCACUGCGCCCGCCUGGCAAAGCAGACCCCUGCCCAGUACCUGGCCCAGCACGAGCAGCUCCUGCUGGAUGCCAACGCCUCUUCCCCCAUUGACUCCUCGGAGCUCCUGCUGGAAGUCAAUGAGAACGGCAAGAGGAGGACACCUGACAGGACCAAAGAGAAUGGAUCAGACCGCGACCCGUUGCACCCUGACCCCCUCAGCAAACGGCCAUGCACCCUGAGCCCCGCCCAGCGCUACAGUCCCAGUAAUGGGCUGCCCCACCCCACGCCGCCACACUACCGCCUUGAGGACAUGGCCUUGGCCCACCACUCCCGUGACUCCUACCGCCACCCUGACCCCCGGGAGCUUCGGGAGCGCCAUCGGCAACUCAUGGUCCAUGGGUCACGGCCAGAGGAAGUGAUCGACCACAGGCUCACAGAGCGCGAGUGGGCUGAGGAGUGGAAGCACCUCAACAAUCUCCUGAACUGCAUCAUGGACAUGGCCGAGAAGACACGGCGGUCACUCACCGUGCUGCGCCGGUGCCAGGAGGCUGACCGAGAGGAGCUCAACCACUGGGUUCGGCGCUACAGCGACGCUGAGGACACCAAGAAGGGCCCCUCGACCACCGCCGCCCGGCCCCUCAGCAGCUCAACAGGAACCGAGGGGUCUCAGCUGGACAUACACCGGGAGUUCAUGCCUAGGACCCUUUCCAGCUACAUGCCAGAGGAGAUCUGGAGGAAGGCUGAGGAGGCAGUGAAUGAGGUGAAGCGACAGGCGAUGUCUGAGCUGCAGAAAGCUGUGUCAGACGCCGAGCGGAAGGCCCACGAGCUCAUCAGCACAGAGCGCGCCAAGAUGGAGCGGGCCCUGGCUGAGGCCAGGCGGCAGGCCUCGGAGGAUGCCCUCACUGUCGUCAACCAGCAGGAGGACUCCAGUGAGAGCUGCUGGAACUGUGGGCGCAAGGCCAGCGAGACCUGCAGCGGCUGCAACGCAGCCCGUUACUGCGGCUCCUUCUGCCAGCACAAGGACUGGGAGAAGCACCACCACGUGUGCGGCCAGAGCCUGCAGGGGCCCUCAGCCGUGGUGGCCGACCCGGUGCCAGGACAGCCGGACGCCACCACCAGCCUGGGCCCCUGCCUGCCCACGGGUGCUGCCAGCCCCAGCGAAGCUGGCUCCACGGGGCCCUCUCGCCCCGGCUCCCCUGGCCCGCUGGAUGCCGCACCCCGCUGACCCCUCCCAGACCCGCCGCUCGGCCCACGGACAAGCGCCCACCAACCCCGCCCAGCCCCAGCUGCGGGACACUUGGCCCGGCCCUGGGAGCCCGACCAUUGGAGUCACUGCUGCUACUGCUUCUCUCCAAAAGAAAACACAGAACCAACAAAAACUGCAUUCAACGCAACUUCCUCAGCUACCUGACGAUCUCACGCGACAACCUCUUCAAGCAUCCUCAGAACCUCCCACCAAGCUUUAGACAACAGAGCGGACACCGGCUGGAGCACCACCAGCUUGUCCACUGCCCUUCCUUCCUUUUCUCUCUCUCUCUCCUCCUCUCUCCCCCUCUCUCUCUCUCCCUCUUUUUUCUGUCUUUAUGGCUUUCACACACUUUCUCUUUAAUGAAAAAAAUUGUUUGGUGGCUUAUAUUUUCAGUGAAGAAUUUUGGGGGAUUUUUAUGGCAAAAGAGCCACUCAGAAAUGGACAAAGAAAACUGUGGGGGUUUUCCCCUUCCUGAUUAAAAAGGGAAAAAGAAAACUGUUAUUUUAUUGCCAGAGAUCUGAGCCUCUGCAUCACCGAAACUACCCCAGGGGUAUGUGGCCCAUUCGGUGAAGACAGUAAGAAAGACUUCAGUUUCUGACCCAAGAAGCAUUUUUGGUUUCAGAUUUUUUUUUUUUCCUUUAAUGUCAAACUCUUUGGCUUUAAGUAGAAAUCCAAAAAGUUUUUUUAAAAAAAGUAAAGGAAGCAUACCUGUAAACUACCUUGCCAGCUAGCCAGCCAAGGAUGCCGCACACACCUCUGCUCCAAAGGAAAUCCAAAAAGCAAACACGAGAAGUCAAAAUCCAAAAUUUGUCACUGCCAAAGUAUUUUUUUCACUGUUUUACUCCACUCUUGGGUUUGUUCAGAUGUUGGUCUUUUCUUUUGAUUCUGUUUUUAGAGUUUGGGAUAUUGGGGUUUGGAGGGUUUUGCCCAACAAGAAGCGACUUUUGUUUCUUUUUGACUAGACGGCAGCGCCUUUGCUGGGCACCGGGCGGUGGGUCUCGAAGCCACCGGCACCCCACCCGCCGCGCGUGAGAGUGUCUGCGUGUGCGCACAGGGCACCCUAGCCACGCGCUCCACGUGCGCAGGGGAAGAGACCUCCAUCUGUCCUCACGCCCUCUGUGAAUUUUCAUCACAUUUCAUUUCUUCCACUUGUGAAAAAAAGUGCUAACGUGUCCUUCCCAGAGAGAGCAUAAUUCUGAAACAAAACUGUGACAAUCUUUCGGGUUGAUUUUCAAAGCACGGGGAGACAGCAACUGCGCCUAUACCGACUGCGUCUCCGUCUUUCCUCCUCUACCUCUUCUCCCCUCCUCAGUGCCGCCCCACCCAACUCGUCUCUGCCCCACCGCCACCCUCCCCCAGUGUCCCCUGAACCUACUCUUCUUUCUUCACACUUUUGCAGAAAAAGAGAAAACAAAAAAAAAAACACACAAAAAAAACUACAAACAAGAACCGCCCGCCCUCGCCACACCUUCUGGAGACUUAGUCAGCUGUGCGUAACCUCACGUUUCUGUCCAGCUGAUCAUUCCGGGGGGUGUCCCCUCACUCUAGCUCUCUCCUCCCUCCCCCACUCAACUCCCCCAAGCAACCUCAAGGAGGAAAUAAAGGAGUAAGGAAAUUCUCACCUGUACUCAAUGGAGAACAAACAGCAGCAUGGUCCAUGAUCUGGCAUAUUCUUGCGUCGCUGUAAGAAGUUCCCAGGACUGGAGUGCAAUACGGAGAGUGACCAGCUACUGAAACCGGGGUUCCUGGGGGGCCCCAACCAAGAGGCAAGAAGUCAAUAGUGUACGUUAAUGUGAAUGUAUAUAGUCCUUGCAGAGGUCCAAAUAAUGAUAUUCAUGAUGAUAAUAAAGAAGAGAUGUUUGCCAAAUAAAAAAAAAAAAUUAAGAGAAACUGCAGAAGUAUGUCAAGUGUAGGAAAUCGAUUUUCAAAGAAAUCUGAACUGUGGUCCUACGGGGAGCAAUGGGUUUGUUUGAUUACUGUUAUUUUUUUCGGAGUCGUAAGAAUUCAUUCUUUGAGUAUUGAAAAGAUGGAUUUCAUCUGGUUGCCACAGACCAGGUACCAUCCUGAACCACAUCUGCCAGUGAAAACGUAAUUCUGAAAUAGACCUAAUUCCAAGAUAGAUCUAUUUUAUUCUCCAGAAUGUUCCCCGUUCCAGCCACCAUCUCUGUUGCCUGGUAAGUGGGUCUGUCACGCUCUCAGAGGUUUGCUUUUGUGGAUUUCAGAAAAGCAAGGACCAGUUUGGGAUUUGGGCUUUCGAGGCAGCAGAGGCCCACCUGUCAUGUUUCCAGCCUUCUGUCUUUCUCUCUCUUGCAAAUAUUGAACCUAUUAAAACGGCGGUUUCGGAUGUGCAGCGAAAUGGGUUUGCUCCCCCUUGGAGGUGGGCGCUUUGGACUCUGUUCCCACAAGGUUGUGCUGCUAAACGGGGUGUCUGGAGAGUGUCUGCCCUGGGUAUGCUGGGGGUCUGGCAGGGGAGGGCUAAGGCCCCUAGUCACUCAUAUCCCUGCCAUCUGGACUGGGGGGUGAGGCCACUGGUCUGAAGAGAGUCAUGGAGGAGCCAGCCCUUCACCUGGAGACCUGCAGGUUUGCCUUGAAGGCCUCUGUUACCCUUCCCCUUGCAUGGUCCCCCUUUGGGGACAAGCAGGUAUGCCAGGGACACUGGCACGUUGGCCAACUGGCAGUGCCAGACCAACCUCCAGGGCUGGACCACUGGCUGAGGGCCUGAGGUGGAACAGCCCCUCCCACCCCAGCUGUUAGGAAGAGGGUGCCCUCAAGCCAUCUCUAAAAGGCAUCCUGGUAUGGGUCUCACAUCCAGAUCUCAUAUACCCAGAAGCCACCACUGGUGGGGCUGCAGAAAUCUAGCAUGAGGGGUUGGCCAUAGGCCCAUGGACAGAGCCCCUCCUGGCCAAGAGCAUCCUCAGAAUCAGGGGAUGGCAGCAAGGUGGGGUGGGAGCUCGCAGUGAGGAAGCCAAGCCCAGAGUGGGCGAGAGGGGGGUGACCUAGUGUAAAGGCUGUGUCAGCCGGAGUAGGCAGCUCCUCCCGCUCCUCCCGUCCAUGGAGUUGUGAGGAAGGCGAUGGAGCUCCCUUCCAUGCUUAGGGAGCUGGUGCUUCUGCUGAUCACUGUGCUUAGGCCCCAUGUGGCUAAAGACCUUACAACCAAACAUGGAAUCAAUAGCUUCGGGGCAGGGGGGGCAGAACUUUUGCACCAGGAGUUGGACUAGUGGCGUUAAACAUGAGUGUCCAUGCAGCACCUGUAUCUGCACCUGGAGCACCUGCCUUCCGUAUACAGAGAGGGGAUCUAGCCUCCUGCUCUCUGCUCAGAGGCCAUCCUGCCCUGGUACCUCUUGAGCUUAUUAUACACCAUUGACCAGGGGUGUGGCAUGCGAGGGUCUCCUCUCCACAGGCCACCACCACACAGGUGACCCAAAAGCUCUGUGAGAUGUGGCUGCUUAAAGAGACUCCUUCCCUCCAAAUCAAACCAAAAUGGCAGCUUUACCUCUCCUGUUCUAAGGCCAAAACUAUGGCAGGAAGGCGGCAGCCAGAGCCCACAGCCUGCAGGGAAGGGACAUCAGGAUGGGUGCCAACACCUGGACCCCUUUUUUUCUCCCCCAUGUGGAUAGUAUCCUGGUGUGUGACCCUCAACAUUUCCCAUCCCCCCCUCCCAUCUCCUUAUUUUUCUUCCUGCCCUGGACCCAGGCUGGUCUUUCUCUUAGGAUGUGUCACCAUCCCCAGGUGGUGUCUGGGGGAUAUUCUGUUGGCAAAGACCAGUGCCUGGCACUCCAUGCAUGGACUGGCUGGCACACCCCAAACCUCAUCUGAAUAGAGAGGGUCCCUGUUCCCAGGCUCACCAGGACACAGGGAAGCCUUGGGUGUUACCAGGGUCAAAGAGAAAAGCUGCAGAAAGUCUCAGGGGUCCAGGAGGGUAAGAGCUGUGGGACAAGAGCUGUGGGGAGGGGGCUGCCCUGUGGGCUUGGCAAGUGGGGUUACUCAUCAGGGCCCCAAGAGGUUCAACGGCAGAGGGAGAUGGACCGGAAAGGGGCAAAGACGUGUUGGUUUUGGUUUCAUCCCAAGGACAUAGUGGAGAGGGAUCAGCUCAGGCUCUAACUUUCUCCUGUUUGCCAAUUUUUCCAAAUAUAUCUUCAAAAUGACACCAAAGCCUUGUCUCUGUCAUCCACCCAUCUUGCCUGUCCCAGCCCACUCUAGCUAUCAUGUCCAGCCAUCAUUCUGCCAAUCCCUCAGCCCAUCUACAAUUAUUUAUUGAGUCUCUUCUUCCAUUAGUUCAUCCUUCUGAGCAAUCCAGUCAUCUCUCUGGCCAUCCAGUCACCUAUCCACGCUCUGACUCACCCAUCCAUUCAUACAGCUGUCUACCCAUCUAUCCAUUUAUCCAUCCAUUCAUCCACCCAUCUACUCAUCCAUCCAUCGAUCCAUCCAUUACUCUGUCCCAAAUAUCACUUGAUCCCAUCCCUCCCCAUUCAUCCUUUUACCACCCACCUGUCUCUCCACCAUUCGCCCCUAUACACACCAUGCGUGUGUCUCCAUCCAUCCUUCAAUCUUGCCCACACAACCCAUGCCUCAGUCCAUCUACCCAUCCACCUCUGCAUCCACUGAACCCAGAGUAGCACCACCAACCCCUCCAUAUUCCAAAGUUUCCAGGGUGCUUUGGAUCCCCUCUGUGACCCCAGCUGCCCUGAAGGAACCUGCCUAUGGGCACAGCCACCCCUUGCAGCCAUUGUUCUAGACCUACUCCAGAGACAGAUAAGAGUCUGUUGCAGGCAUUAUGGGCAGAUGGGACCAAUGUCCUAGCAACAGCUCUGCCCAGUCUGGGCCCACCUGGCAAGUGUGGUGGCCAUGGACCAGGAGUGUAAGUUGGGAAUUGGCCCACAUACCUGCUCAGGGACCCUGUGACCAGAGCCACCAGUCAGUGUGAGCACAUUCCCUAGCAAAACCCCGACAUUGUGGCAUGGGGCUGCCCUGCCCUCUCCUUGUCUUCAGGGGUCACUGCCCCAAGGAAGUGUCCUCAGGAAAGGAAGGGAAGAAAGCCCAGUGCUGGCCUCCCUCCAGACCCAGCUCCUGGAGCCCCUCACCUCCCUGGGUGCUCAUGGGUGCACUGCCCCACUCCCACCCUCAUCUUCCAUCAUGGAGUCUUGGGCAGCUGGGAAUUAACUCUUCAGAGAUCUGAAUAAUGUAGGAACAGGCCCUGCCCAGGCUGAAUUUGGCUGAUGGUGAUAGAUGUUCCCGGGAACCUAGAGGCCCAGUAGAGGCCCCCUGCCCAGCUCUCCCAAGCCCCAGAGACCCAUUUUCACAGGCCACCAGGCUCCCAUGCCACAUAGGGCAUUUUCCAAAAAUGGGGCUGGGAUCAAGGUCCUGGGUUAUAGUUCUGCUGUCAGGAGAGGGGGAAGAGAAGGAAAGCAUAGGGGGUGCAGGAGCUGGACCUUGAGGACCUGUCUGCUCUCUGGACACCUCAUGGAUAAGGCCUGGGGGAGCUGGGUGUCUGUGACAGCAACCUGUACUGGUCCCCCAAAGUUCUAGAAAACACCAUCUUGCAUGCUUCUGUUCCUUUUGUUUCAAUUCGGCUGGCCCCUGGAGUGCCACCCAAAGGCCCCUUGUAGCAGUAACGCAAUGUUAGGACUCAAGCUGGAGCCUGGUUUUAAAAUAUUAGAAUGAAGGCAUCAGGCACCCUUGCUCCCAAGCUGGACAAGGGGCCGGGCCAGGCCAGCCGUCGGCUCACCCACUGCAUCCUUCGCAGGCCGAGGGGUUCGGGCCGUGGGAAUGGGGCUGGAGCACAGCCUCGCACAACCUCGUGGAGAAUGUGUUGAUUUUCUUCUUUCUCCCUCUUUCUGCUUUUUAUUUCUUAAAGUCCCCAAAAGGAGUUGGACAGUGAGUGUUGGGUCGUUUUCCUGUAACGGGUUUUCCUCGCGCUGUGUAGGAUCCGUGGCAUGCCGUCCCUGUCGCGUGUCCUCUGAUGUACUCUGUUUGACCUGGACACUGUAAGACAUUACACUUCAGGUCACGUCAGUUACCUCUGUGUCGUGUAAUAAAGCCAACAUUUGCCAUCACG